CUCUCAGCUGUUUUCUGCUUUCCAGCGGUGUGCACACACUGUUGGCUAACCCAAACAAAUUUACACGCAAAUAAAUGAAAUUUAACAAUUGAAAUGGAUGAUGAAGAAUCCCUGCACCGUUUCGGCACACCGCUGCCGACGCUGGAGAAGGACGUUGUGCCGGCCAAGAAACCGCUGGCCAUCGAGGACCAAAUCGUAAAGGAUGAGAAUGGAAAGCGGCGAUUCCAUGGCGCCUUCACGGGCGGCUUCAGUGCUGGAUUCUGGAACACUGUGGGCUCCCUGGAGGGCUGGACGCCGCAGACUUUCAAGAGUUCGCGGGCGGAGAAGGCCACGCCCAGGAUGCAACAGCGUCCCGAGGAUUUCAUGGACAAGGAGGAUCUGGGGGAGUUUGGCAUUGCGCCACAGGGGAUACGCACCCGCGAGGAGUUCUCCAAGGAGAGCGAGGAGGAGCAGCGCACGGGUCAGCGCAAGAGGAAGCUAAUGCAGCCCGAGCAAGUGGGUCCCAUUCCGGGAGUGCCCGUGCUGGAGCAUCUGCUGCGUCCAGUUCGCGACAAAGUGGCCAUGCGGAUACUCAAGAGCAUGGGCUGGAAGCCGGGCCAGGGCGUAGGUCCACGCCAGACCAAAAAGGAAAAGCGUCAGGCCAGCGCCAGAAACAAGCGGGAGCAAUACCUCCUCGAGCACUACGGAGCUGAGGGAUUGUCCAGCCUGGAACAGCAGCAGGUCGCAGCUGCCGAGGAAGGCCGCGCCGAUGAUAAUGAUGACGAUGAGGAGGAUGAGGACAUCACCUUUGCCCCCGAUGACUAUGAGCCCAUCUUCUACACGCCCAAGGAGAAUCGCUUUGGCAUGAGCUACUCCGGCCUCAGUCGGGAUCCCAUUCUGUCCAAGUCCUCCACCGCCCAUCCAGCAGCUCCCAUGCAGCACAUCAAUCUGUUUGGCCAGCUGGAGACGCAGCCCAAGCAGAAGCCGCUCUCCAUACGCGGACAGGCCUUUGGCGUGGGCGCCUUUGAGGAGGAGGACGACGACAUAUACGCCCGCGACGACAUGACCCGCUACGAUUUCUCCCUGGCGGACAAGAAGCCCAAGCAGAAGAAGAUCCAGCACGUGCAGCAGCGCAACGUCAUCGAUGGCUUCAGCGAGGACAAGUCCGGCGCAGCCCUGCAGAAACCCUACGCCAUAGAUCUCCCGCGAGACUUUAAGCCCAGGAACUGGCUGCAGCGUCGCACUCGUUUUGAGCCCAUGGACAGGGAGCGCACCAAGAAGCUGGAGGCGAGGAACGAAUACAAAAGGACAGGCCUAGGCAGGCACGACCUCAAUCCGGAGCAGCGGGCCCAGCUGCUGGGGGAGCAGAAGAGCCAGAAGAAAGAUCAGCAGCCAGAGCAGCCGCCAAGCCGCAAUCCCUUUAAGGAGCGCAACAAAUUAUUGGAUCUAAUAAACGCAAAGUCCGAGGGCUUCACCAAGGGUGGACUGAUAGUCGACGAGGUGCUUCCCCAAGCAGAGGCAGCGGCAGAGACACAAACGACAGCCACAGCAAUGGCCAAGCAGGUGAAGGAUGCAAAUGCAACGAUCCAGGAGAAGGCUGUACGCAAGACCAAGGAUUUAGCCUCCGCUACUCCCUCUGCUGGCUUCAAGCCCUUCCUGGCGGACGAGGCCAAGCAGCUGCGGUACGAUAAAUUUUUGGAGGCACAACUCAAGACAGAUGCGGAGAUAACAGAGUUCCUGGCCAACAUGCAGCCGGUGACGCUGUCCCUGUGGGAUCGAGAGAUGGAAAAGAAGGAAUUUAUCCAAGCAGCCAAGAUCUAUCGACCGCUGAACGGCCUCAUGUACGACAGGUUCGUGUCGGAGGCCACCGUUCAGGCGGAACAGAUCAAGGAGCAGCAGAAGCCGCCCGAGGAGCGAAAGGUGGUCAUGGAGCGGACCAAGGCCAUGUGGAAACCCGCCUCGCUGCUCUGCAAGCGCUACAACAUUGCCGAACCAUUCGGUGGGUCCAUGCUGGAGCCGCCAAAGGAGCUCAAAGGAAGGCCCAAGAUAUCAAUAUUCGACUACCUGGAGACUUCCAUCAAUAGCAAGGCUGAUUUUCAGACUCCAAGCAUCAGACCCAAGCACAUGGAGAAGCCCAAGCCAGCUGUACUUGUUCCGCCUCCUUUAGCUCCACUACCGCCUCCAGAUGCUGUGGUGCCAGAGCCGGAGAAAGAGAAAAAGGUGGAGGAGCCCACGACAGUCAAGCCAAGUUUUGUGCCUAGAACUCCCUUGGAACAGGCGGUGGACGAGUCCCGCGAGAAGCCCAUAUCGGAGAAGAAGGAUCUGUUUAGAAGCAUCUUCGAGGAUAGCGACGAAGAAGACCCCGUGCCGGUGGCUGCGCCUGCGAUAACGUCUUUGUCCACGCCGCAGGAACAACUGGCAGCAAUCAAUGAAGCUUUGGGUCUGCCCUCCACUUCAGGAGUCUCUGCGUCAUCUCUGAAUGUGCUGAGAAACAAUUCACCGCCGCGCGGGAUCUUUGCGGCACUCUUCAAGCCGAUUGAGGAGCUCAAACCUAAAGAGGCAACGGCGCCUCCAAAGUUUGCGCCCAUCGAGGGGAACAAACUGAAGAUUGCCUACAAGUCGCGCGAGGAGCGGCUGAGGAACGACAAGGAGCUGGCCAUGGCUGAAGUGCCAGUCGAGGAUAUCUACGGACCCAAGCUGCCGGAAAAAGGAGCGGCUGCCAAGACCCAUGCUCCGGAGGCCGACCAUGUUGAAGUUGGCAUCGAGGCGAAACUUCAGCACCUCUGGCAGAAGCACGCCCCAAAGAAGCGCUCCGCCGAGAAGUGGGUGGAGAAGAAGGCUCUCUCCACGGACGAUAGUGAUAGCGAUAGUUCUAGUGACACAUCCAGUUCCUGCUCCACCUCCUCCCCUGCCAAGGCCAAGAGAACUAAAGUCAGCAAAUCGAAAAAGAGCUCCCAUCGAAGUGCCAGCUCGAAAAAGUCUAAGAAAUCCGAAAAGAAAUCGAAGAAAAAAUCAAAAUCAAAAUCAAAGAAGAGCAGCGACAGAUCAAAGCCGAAAGCAAAAAAGAAAAAGAGCAAACAUUGAAUGUAAAUAAUAAAUCAAUUAAAGGAAUGUAAAUGCAACUUUGCAACUUAAUGGUUAAUCAAACAAUUGCGCCGCAUUAGGAGGUU